UGACAAUAAAAUAAAGCUUCUUGUUCUUACUUCCUCACCUCUAGGUGGCGCGCUGUUGCACACCGGCCACUCCUCCAGCCCUCCUCACCCAUCAUGGCGUCCUCCGGGGCAACUUCGGCUCUCAUCACCGGGGCGGGACCGCGGUGGGUCGGGCUGCCAGCCGUUGGACACUUCCGCCGGGAUCGGGUUUCGUUCGACUCCGCAUUUAAACGGGGCUGUGCUCAGCGCUGUGCUGUGAGCAGUAACAGACAAUAACCAGUAGCUCUAGCGAAACAGGUUCUUAUUUUUACCUGAAAAACGACAGAAAAAAAACAAUUGCUCCAAAUGAGAUCUGGGUGGUUUUGCGGGUAGAAUUGCGGGAGCAGCUGAACAAUAACGGCGGUUGCGCUCUGACAGUAGCUCGGUUCAUCAUUUUGGGGAUUUGUCUUCUAGCUCUUGAACGAAUUGAAUAGCGGUAACGUGAUGUUGUGCAUGAGUAGAACCAUCUAGGCUUUUCUGGACAACGAUUGUUUAUUUAAACAGACUGAUGAACAAAAACAGAUUCGUUGAAUGUUGUGUUUUUUCGGCCGAGGAACACAAAGUGGCCUGGACCGAUGAUGAGAGUGCAUUUGAAGGGCAGGGUUUAAAAUUCUGAAAAAUAUAUAGAAUACUUAGGAUUUAUUUUAGUUGAUGCUAUUUAGACAAAAUAGCAAAAAAUAAUAGAACUGAAUAUAAUGUCAGGCCAAAAUCAUUAAAUACAACAAGUCACCACCCAUUUAGAACAGCAGCAUUGACCGACUUCAUCUGUGUGCUUUCUGGGAUAUACCUGAAACUUUUGCAAACUUUCCACCAAAACAGACUUUUAAAAGAUUUCAUCUUUUAGGAAAAUUGCAGUAAAAUAUAACCCGGAGAAACAACAAUAUAGAUUUUGUCCUGAGUGUGAUUUUUUUUUAAUUUUUUUAAUUGGGCUCAAACUUUCCUACUUUUAUAUUGGAGCUCAUCCUGUCUUAUGUGUGGAAAAUCUCUUUUUAAGACUAUUACCUCAUCUCUGAGAUAUAACACAUUUGUAGACCUAUUAGGACAGACUAAUAACCUGCAGAAUAAGUUGACACAACUCUCCCACUGAUCAACAUCUUUGAUUAGUUACGUCUUUUAGAGGUUUUACAGUCCAACAAUAAACGACAAACAGCCAUGUUCAGCUGGCUUGGAACCGAUGACAGGAGAAAGAAGGAGCCAGAAGUCUUUCAGACUGUCAGUGAAGGAUUGAAGAAGCUUUACAAAACCAAACUCCUGCCACUGGAAGAAAGUUACAAGUUUCACGAGUUCCACUCCCCGGCUCUGGAGGACGCCGACUUUGACAACAAGCCCAUGGUCCUACUGGUUGGACAGUACUCCACUGGCAAGACGAGCUUCAUACGCUACCUGUUGGAGCAGGACUUCCCUGGAAUGCGGAUCGGCCCUGAACCCACCACAGAUUCCUUCAUCGCGGUGAUGCACGGCGACACAGAAGGUGUCAUCCCCGGCAACGCUUUGGUGGUUGACCCCAAGAAGCCCUUCAGAAAGCUGAAUGCAUUUGGAAAUGCAUUCCUCAACAGGUUUGUGUGUGCCCAGCUACCUAAUCCAGUGCUAGAGAGCAUUAGUGUGAUUGACACACCAGGGAUUCUGUCUGGCGAGAAACAGAGAAUCAGUCGAGGCUAUGACUUUGCAGCUGUCUUGGAGUGGUUUGCAGAGCGAGUGGACAGGAUCAUAUUAUUGUUUGAUGCCCACAAACUGGACAUCUCUGAUGAGUUCUCAGAGGUGAUAAAGGCCCUGAAGAACCAUGAAGACAAGAUCAGGGUUGUGCUGAACAAGGCUGACCAGAUAGAGACCCAGCAGCUGAUGAGAGUUUACGGUGCCCUGAUGUGGUCAUUAGGAAAAAUAGUCAACACCCCUGAGGUGAUCCGUGUGUACAUCGGUUCAUUUUGGUCCCAUCCUCUGCUGAUUCCUGACAACAGGAAACUGUUUGAGGCAGAGGAGCAGGAUUUAUUCAAGGACAUUCAGUCUUUACCAAGGAAUGCAGCGCUUAGAAAACUCAACGAUCUGAUCAAGAGGGCAAGAUUAGCCAAGGUCCAUGCUUACAUCAUCAGCUCACUGAAGAAAGAGAUGCCCUCUGUGUUCGGGAAGGAGAACAAAAAGAAAGAACUCAUUGGUAGUCUGGGAGAUAUCUACAAACACAUUGAAAGAGAACAUCAGAUAUCACCUGGAGACUUUCCUAAUCUGAAGAAGAUGCAGGAUCAACUCCAAGCUCAGGAUCUGACCAAAUUCCAGCCUCUGAAAUCCAAACUGCUGGAGGCAGUCGAUGACAUGCUAGCCAAUGACAUUGCUAGCUUAAUGGUCCUGGUCCGCCAAGAAGAAACACAAUUCCCCAACCCGGUUGUGAGGGGUGGUGCAUUUGAUGGCACUGAUGGCCCAUUCGGCCAUGGAUACGGCGAAGGAGCAGGCGAAGGCAUUGACGAAGCUGAGUGGGUUGUUGCACGUGACAAACCAGCUUACGAUGAAAUUUUCUACACAUUAUCUCCUGUCAAUGGGAAGGUAACGGGAGCCAACGCCAAGAAAGAAAUGGUGAAGUCAAAACUGCCCAAUACAGUGCUGGGAAAGAUCUGGAAGCUGGCAGAUAUCGAUAAGGAUGGCAUGCUAGAUGACGAGGAGUUCGCAUUGGCUAAUCACCUGAUAAAGGUGAAACUAGAAGGACAUGAACUACCCUCAGAGCUGCCUGCGCACCUGGUGCCUCCAUCUAAGAGGAAAAUACCAGAGUAAAUGUAAGAUGAUCCUAAAACAAAUAAACAAAAAACUAUAGUUAGACCCCUCUCCUAUGAGAAACAAAAAAUAUUGGCAAUUAAAAUACAAAUAUUUCUGUAGCAAAUAAUUACAAAUGAAAAAUACUUGAAUAAACUUCAACUCAAUUUCUACAACCCCAAAUGAGAAAAAGUUGGGAUGGCAGGUAAAAUCAGAAUUA